GAAAACAGCUCUGCAGCAGCUCCUCUGAACAGCUGUGGGCAACAUGAUCUCCUCCAAGGUGGCGCCCGGAGAGGAGGAGCAGGGGGAGUCACCGUCCAAGGUGGAGCUCGGAGAGGCGGAGGAGCAGCGGGAGGCACCGUUGGAAGGCCAACUGGAAGCCGUGCCACUUGAUGAGGCGGGCCCUAGCUGGACCACCGGGCCGCCACUGGAGCGCUUGCCACCGCUGGGUCAGGAGGCACCUCCGCCGCGUCGCUGCCACACCAACUGCUUGGAAGCACCGCUGUCGCGGGGCUUCCAACGCUUUGGCGCCACAGUGGGCGCGAACCCCUGGCUGUUUUUGCUCGGGCCUGCACUGCUGACGGCCUCCCUGGGCACCGGUCUCAUUUUCCUACCCAAGGAAAAGGAGAACCUGGAGGAGCAGUACACACCGAUUGGCAGCCCAGCCAAGGCAGAGCGGCGUUUUGUGCAGGGUCAUUUCAGUACCAAUGACACUUACCGCUUCUCUGCCUCCAGGACCAGCUCCGAGACCAACUUUGCAUCCAUCUUGGUGGUGUCCCUCGCCAACUCACUGCUGGAGCCAGAAAUAUUCAAAGAGGUGAGCAAGCUGGACCAGGCGGUGCAGGCGCUGAAAGUUGUCCAGGAAAAUGGAACGCAGAUUCUAUACCAAGAGGUGUGUGCCAAGUACAAGACGCUGUGCGUGCCGCCCAACCCUCUGCUGUUUUCCUGGCAGCAUAACUCGUCGUUGAACCUGUCGGACCUCACCUUCCCUAUCCACAACACGCCCACCCAGCUCAUCUACUUAGCGGGCUUCUUUGGGGGAAAUGUUUUGGGUCAAAUGACUGGAAAAAGUCAACGACUCGUGGAGUCCCGAGCAAUGAGACUACUGUACUACCUCAAGACGGAGGACCCCGAAGACAGUGAACGUAGCCAGGCAUGGCUGACUCACUUUCUUGACCAUUUUAAUGACAUGAAGAGCAGUCUGACCCUGGAAGAGAUAGAGGUGGUCUACUUUUCAUCCCUUUCCAGGCAGCUGGAGUUUGAGGCAACCUCCAAGACCGUGAUCCCCCUGUUUCACUUGGCAUACAUUUUAAUCAUACUCUUUGCAGUUGUAUCAUGCUCCAGGUUGGACUGUAUAAGAAACAAGAUGUGUGUUGCAGUCUUUGGAGUGUUUUCUGUUGCCAUGUCAGUGGUGAGUGGCUUUGGCCUGAUGCUGCACCUUGGGGUCCCAUUUGUGAUCAUAGUUGCAAAUUCACCAUUUCUUAUUCUUGGUGUUGGUGUUGAUGACAUGUUUAUCAUGAUUUCUGCCUGGCAGAAGACCAGCCUCUCAGAGAGCAUAAGAGAACGACUCUCCAAUUCAUAUUCAAAGGUGGCAGUGUCUAUUACAAUCACCACCAUCACCAAUGUCCUUGCUUUCUAUACAGGAAUCACCAGCUCUUUCAGAUCUGUACAGUAUUUUUGCAUCUAUACAGGAACAACCCUGCUCUUUUGCUAUUUUUAUAGUAUCACCUGUUUUGGAGCAGUUAUGGCUCUGGAUGGUAAAAGAGAAGUUGCAUGGUCCCGCUGGCUGGAAAAGCCAGACCAAAAAUAUUCCUCACUUAAAAAGUCCUGCUGUGUCCCAUUCGGUUCAUUGAUAGACAAACAUGGAGAAGAUAACCAUCCAAUGAAUUUGUUCUUUAGAGAUUAUUUUGGUCCUUUUCUUACCACUUCCAAAGCCAAGUUUAUUGUGGUGCUGCUAUACAUUUUCUAUAUCAUAAGCAGUAUAUAUGGGUGCUUCCAAGUGCAAGAAGGGUUAGAUCUUCGGAACCUGGCAAGUGAUGAUUCCUAUAUCACCCCCUACUUCAAUGUAGAGGAAGAUUACUUUUCAGAUUAUGGUCCAAGAGUUAUGGUCAUUGUUACUGAAAGUGUUAACUACUGGGAUAACGACGUAAGACAGAAACUGGACAAAUGUAUGACACAAUUUGAAGAAAAUGAGUAUGUAGAUAAAAAUCUCACAGAGUUUUGGUUGGAGGCAUAUAUGCAAUACAUGAAUAGCAGCGGAAAUAAUCCUAAUGACAAGAAUACCUUUAUGAAUAAUAUUGCAGGCUUUUUACAAUUUUUCCCCAUUUUUACAUAUGAUAUUAAUAUCUCCUCAUCAAAUGAAAUCACUUCUUCCCGAGGCUUUAUCCAGAUUGUAGAUGUUUCAUCCUCAAGCAAUAAGAAAAGAAUGUUAUUAAAGUUACGAAGUAUAGCUGAAAACUGUGAAGUUCCCUUAAUGGUAUAUAACCAAGCAUUCAUAUAUUUUGAUCAGUAUGCUGCAAUAAUAGAAAACACUGUUCGAAAUGUCAUGAUUGCAUCAACAGCUAUGUUCAUUGUUUCCUUAUUGUUAAUUCCUCAUCCAGUGUGUUCCCUGUGGGUCACUUUUGCUAUUGCUUCUGUGAUUGUGGGAGUGACAGGUUUUAUGGCAUUCUGGAAUGUUAAUCUUGAUUCCAUAUCCAUGAUUAAUCUUGUAAUUUGUAUAGGGUUUUCUUUUGAUUUUUCUGCACACAUCUCCUAUGCAUUUGUUUCCAGUACUGAGCCUUCAGUCAACAAAAAGUCUAUUGAGGCAUUAUAUCUGUUAGGUUAUCCAGUGUUGCAAAGUGCAAUUUCAACAAUAAUAGGGGUGUGUGUUUUAUCUGCAGCUAAAGCUUACAUUUUCAGGACAUUUUUUAAGAUUAUGUUUCUUGUUAUGUUUUUUGGGGCUGCCCAUGGCCUGAUUUUUAUUCCUGUAUUCUUAACCUUUUUUUGAAAGUUUGUUUGAAUACACAGUAACAAAUAACCCGAACCAGUUAUACAAUUCCUGAUGGCCUGAAUCCAGUCUGAUUAUAAAAUGCACUAAUUAAGAUUGGUCAGUAGAAAAAGAUAGAAAUGAAAUUAGAAAGGUGAUUAUGGGGUAAGAAGAAGCAGGGGUAGGGGUGAGAGGGAAGGGAGGGUAAUGUAGGAUAUAAACAAGGCACAUUGUAUACAUGUAUGAAAAUGUCUUAGUGAAAACCAUUAACUUGUCCAAUUGGUAUAUGCUAAUAAAAUAGAAUUAAUAUAUUACUGAAAGCACAUAGAAAGUGUUAAAAAUAAAAAUAGCCACUGUCUACUUUAAAGACAUUUCCUUGACUUGGAAGUCCCAUUAAAUUGUUCUUUAACAUAUUCUGAGAAAAAUUAAAACUUCUUUACCAAAUUAA